CGUUGAAUGGGGAUAGUAAUUUAUAUCCCCCGUUAGAAAAAGUAUCCCCGCGUUCGAUAUUUCCCCAGCAUUCUUAUUUUCCAUCUCGAAUCAUUUCUGUAACCCAAGUGAUAUCUUCUGGUGCCCUGCUUUUUUUGUUGUAGCAGAAUAUUGAAACUCUUAUCUAAUUUUUCCUAAAGAAUCAAAUAUGCAGGCGAGUGAUAGGUUCAAUAUAAAUUCCCAGCUUGAGCAUCUCCAAGCCAAGUAUGUUGGAACUGGCCAUGCUGAUCUUAACAGAUUUGAAUGGGCGGUGAACAUCCAGCGCGAUAGUUAUGCAUCUUAUGUAGGUCAUUACCCCAUAAUGUCUUAUUUCGCCAUAGCGGAUAACGAAUCGAUUGGAAGAGAGCGUUACAACUUUAUGCAGAAAAUGCUGCUGCCCUGUGGCCUGCCCCCUGAACGAGAAGAAGAUUAGGAAGCGUCUUUACUGGUGUUGAGAUAAAACAAAAACAUCAGCUUUUUAGAUGCUUGCAUCUUUGAGGUUCUGUAAGUCAUAUGUAGCCCACCGGCAUAUGUUUUGAGACCAUUUCAUUGACUGUCUGUUGACUAGAUCUAUUUCUUCAUGGUGUGUAUUUAGAGUGUCUUCUGUACUUCUUAUGUGGGGUGAUGUUUACUAUUUGCUCAUUGCUAAUUAUCCUAGACAUGUUCUAAAUAUGCACACACAAAAA